CUAUGGCGGAGCCGGUGAGGAAACGGGGCCGCCGGCCUCGGGGUGGCGGUGUCGGCCGAGGGGCUCGCGGGGCCCGGGGCGGCCGGGGCCGGCGUCCUCGCGUCCCGCGGUCUCCAGCCCAGCACACCCUGGACUCGGAGUUUGUGGACUUGGUCAGCGACAGCGAUGAGGAUAUCCUGGAGGUCGCAACGGCCCGCGGCGUUGCGGACUCGGUCGAGGACCCUCUCCCGGAGCCCCCAGUGCCGGCCGCCCCCCGGGACGACAGCGACAGUGACAGCGAAGGAGCGGACGCACCGCCCGCCGGAGCCCCGGGGGCCCCGGUCAGGCGGCGGCGGCGGCUACUGCUGGAUCCGGGGGAGGCACCGGUUGUUCCGGUGUACUCCGGAAAGGUGAAAAGCAGCCUUCAUCUCAUCCCAGAUCACCAGUCUCUCCUGAAACUCUGUCCCCCAGAGGCUGAGGAAGAGACAGAGAUGGCAGAUUCUAGCAGUCCCCAUGCUGAGGAUGCCCCGUUUCCAGAUUCUCCCUGGAAGAAGAAGCUGAGGAGUAAGGAUGCAGAAGAGAAGACAAAGGAGGUGUUUCUGGUUCAAGAUACCUCUCCUUUGCCUUCACCUUUGUCAAGGACCAAAAGCAGAAAGCAUACUCGGGCCCUCCAGAAGUUAAGGGAGGUGAGCAGGCGCCUCCAAGAUCUCCGUUCCUGCCUGAGUCCCAAGCAGCGCCAGAGUCGAGAGGACGAGGUGGUCCUGGUGGAGGGCCCCACCCUUCCAGAGAGCCCCCGACUCUUCCCGCUGAAAAUCCGGUGCCGGGCUGAUGUGGUCAGACUGCCCGUCAGAAUGUCGGAGCCCCUACAGCGUGUGGUGGACCACAUGGCCACCCAUCUUGGGGUGUCCCCAAGCAGGAUCCUGUUGCUCUUCGGAGAGACAGAGCUGUCCCCUACCGCCACUCCCAGGACCCUAAAGCUCGGAGUGGCCGACAUCAUCGACUGCGUGGUGCUAGCAAGUUCGCCCGAGGCCUCGGAGAUGUCCCAACUGCUCCAGCUGCGGGUGCAGGGAAAGGAGAAACACCAGACGCUGGAAGUCUCGCUGUCUCCGGAUUCUCCUCUCAAGACCCUCAUGUCCCGCUACGAGGAGGCCAUGGGGCUCUCAGGCCACAAGCUCUCCUUCUUCUUUGAUGGGACAAAGCUUUCAGGCAAGGAGCUGCCUGCUGAUCUGGGCAUGGAGUCCGGAGACCUCAUCGAGAGCCAGGCGGAAGACUGGGUGCGCCUGACUUACGACGAGACCAGCGCUUCGCACACUCGAACACACAUUCUCGUGCUCAUUAUGUUUCCUUCUGUGGCAGGGCCUUUGCACGAGCCGUCCACUGCCUCCCGGGAAGUCAGUGGUUGCCCCUCCCCCACAUCUGAGCUCAAGGACCACUUCCCCAGUGAGAUUCUCAACCUCCCUGACCCAGUCCAGUGGCCCUGUUAUCAGUCCUUGUCAUACCCUCACGUGACGGGGGAGCGGUGGGGGGAGCCGCCGUGCCUCCGUGCCUCCGUAGUCGGUCGGCGGUCACGUGUCGAGGGCUUGCCGGAAGUGGUGUCGGCCCCCGGGGCUCCAGCGUCACAUGACCGGCUCCGGGACAACAUGGCGGCGGCCGUGGUGCUGCUGCGGGGCUGA